AUGCCUUCGUCAACAUGCCAUCUCCCUAACGGUCAUACCUUCUCGGUGACGCCAGUCUUCGGAGGAGUAACCUUCAAGGAAACAGAUGCCUGUGUUCACAACCCGUCAUUUCCUCCAGGAUGGACGGUCGUCAUUCAUACCGAGAAAGCGGUUGAAGACGGUCAUGCAGAUGACGAGCAUCAAGUACGCGACAGCAAUGAUACCACUAUAGACACGACAACUGCAUUAGAGCCAAAAGUCCGCAUUUCUACUUUUAGAAAGCCAACGUUACGGAACGAUUGCAUGUUCAUUUCUUCGAUAAAUAAUCCUAGUGACUUCAAGACUCCUGUUUCACCUUCCCGUCAAAUUGCCAUGAUGCUUUGGGCGACCCUUUGGUGGUACUUUCAUGAAUCAGAGCCCGAUUUGCAUCUGAUAACCGAAGCUUCAGCAAACACAGCAGAGCUAGGCAGACCAAAAGGCGAAUGGCGAGUGAAUAUUAAAAGAGAAGGGGUCUUCAAGGGCAGGAAUUUGCUACAGAAGCUGGAGCGUAUGGGUCUGAUCUCGAGUGAAGAUUCGUCAGUAGGCACAGAGUCACUCGAGGUUCGGAAUCCGGCCAACUGGGCGAGGAUGUUUACGAGUCGGCGAAGCUUUUGGCAGUUGGAUCCUCGGAUCUUUAUCUUUACGCAGUCUCAGACGAAUAUUACGCCGGUGAAUGCCGUUUCUUUGUCACCUCUCAAUUCGCCAUACGGUUCUCGGGCUGCUUCUCCAACUCUGGAGAGUCUCCGAAUCGUGGAAGGCAGCGCGUCUCCGUCUGAUUCUCCGCCUCCUAUCCACGUACUAAAUUCUCUCGCUGGACCGUUCCACUCAAGUAGUCAUCUACCGACGUAUUAUCCACCGGCUCCGACUCAAUAUAUCUUCACAAAUGGUGUCCGCCAUCCUCUCCGUCAACGAGCUCCGCAUCAGGGAGAGACGUUCUAUGUGCGCUAUGUCCCAAGUGUUGGGCAAUAUCUUUCAUUCCGUGUACCGGUCCUCAAUACAGCAAAAACGAGCGGCCCGCAUCACAGCCUUACACCAUCCACAUCAUCACUAGUCGUACCCCAUGUUCCGAGUCCUUCGGGAAUGUCCGAUCUGGACCUAUUACACAAAUGGAUGAACGAUCCACGCGUCAAUGCAGCAUGGGGUGAAGCAGGAUCAAAAGCCAAAAUCGAAGAAUUCUUGAAACAAGGUCUUAACAGCCGGCAUAGUUUCCCUGUCUUUGGAUGCUGGAAUGGUAAACCAUUCGGCUAUUUCGAGAUAUACUGGGUCAAAGAAGACCGGUUCGGACGACUCUUGAAUAGUGUCAGCAACUAUGACCGAGGGCUCCAUGUAUUAGUUGGUGAGGAUGAGUUUCGUGGCUCUCAUCGUGUGCGUAUAUGGCUUAGUUCGCUGGUGCAUUAUUGUUGGCUGGCUGAUCCACGAACGGAGACUGUUUUGCUGGAGCCUCGAGUGGAUAAUAAAAAGUAA